AGUAGCAAAUGGAGACAGAGAAAGACUUUUGUGGCUGGAAAAACCAGUCAAUAUAUAGAAUAAUGCUAAAGUGAAGAAGAAAAAAUAAAUAUGAAAUUUAAUUGAUGAUCCGCAUCUCUAUGGAAUCAUAGACUUAAAAUCUCAAUUCUAGUCAACCCUUCUACAUCCAUUUCAUCAUCAACGAACCUUCAAGGUAAUUAUAAAUUUUCUUGCUUUUAAUUAUACAGAACUGAAAACUCUCUCUUUCUAUAUAAUUUUCACUCCCAUCAAAAGCAUCAGCAAAUUUGUUCAUCAAUGGCGUUAAAAGUUCUUUCUGCUCUUGACACUGCAAAAACACAAUACUACCACUUCAAAGCCAUCAUCAUAGCCGGCAUGGGACUCUUCACCGACGCUUACGAUCUCUUCUGUAUCCCUCCCAUCAUGAUUCUGAUCCAGCGGAUAUACUAUGAUUCUGAUGUUGAUAACAAAAAGCCCAAAAUCCCGAGAACUGUUGUGUCUACCAUGGUGGGUAUAGCUCUUUUGGGGACUGUGAUUGGUCAGCUGAUCUUCGGAAGGUUGGGUGAUCGAAUCGGGAGACGACGCGUGUAUGGGUUUGCAUUGUGGCUGAUGGUGGUGAGCUCCAUUGGAUGUGGUUUCUCUAUCUGUACAACCAAGAAGUGUGUACUUGGAAGUCUUGGGUUUUUCAGGUUUUUGUUGGGUGUUGGAAUCGGUGGGGACUAUCCGCUGUCCGCUACAAUCAUGUCGGAGUUUGCAAACAAGAGGACACGUGGCACGUUCAUAGCCGCUGUUUUUUCCAUGCAGGGGUUUGGGAUUUUGGCUAGUUCAAUGGUCACGAUGGUGGUUUGUAAGAUAUUUGAGAGAGCAUCAAAUGCGUCAAGUGAUCAAACGCCGGAUGGGACCGAUAUUGCAUGGAGAUUGAUACUGAUGCUGGGUUCAAUUCCGGCUGCUUUGACUUAUUACUGGCGUAUGAUGAUGCCUGAAACUGCAAGAUAUACGGCUCUGGUGGAACAAAAUGUGUUGCAAGCUGCUAAAGAUAUGGAGAAAGUGUUAGACGUUUCAAUGAGUCAGAUUGCAGAAGAGUUUCCAUUGUCACCAAAGCCACCAUCAUAUAAUUUACUAUCCAGAAAAUUCAUUCGUCAACAUGGUCGUGAUCUCUUCGCUUGUUCCACUUCAUGGUUCCUUGUUGAUAUUGUGUUUUACAGCAGUAACCUCUUCCAAUCCAAAAUUUACCACAACUACGUUGAUGAUGAUAGCGGCUCCUCCAUGAAUGCCUUUGAAGAAGCUUUCAGAGUUGCCAGACUCCAAGCUAUUGUUGCUAUCUGCUCUACUGUUCCAGGUUACUAUGUGACUGUCUAUUUCAUUGAUCGCAUUGGAAGAGUCAGAAUCCAACUACUCGGUUUCUUCUGCAUGGCAAUUGUUUAUUUGGCUAUUGGAAUUCCUUAUAUUCAUUACUGGGACACACACACAAAUUUUGGUUUCAUGUUCUUGUACGGCCUUACUUUUUUCUUUGCAAAUUUUGGACCCAACACUACAACUUUUAUUGUGCCGGCUGAGCUUUUUCCUGCUAGAUUUAGAUCAACAUGUCAUGGAAUUUCAGGGGCCAUUGGAAAGGUGGGUGCCAUAAUUGGGUCUGUUGGAUUGUUGUGGGUUUUGGAAGAAGAUAAGAAAACUGGUGAUCCAAAAGCCACUGGAAUGACAAUAGCAUUGAUUCUUUUGGGUGGGGUUUGUUUUAUGGGAAUGGCUGUAACCUAUUUCUUCACACGCGAAACUAUGGGGAGAUCACUUGAGGAGAACGAGAAUGAAGACGAUUCCAGUGAAUUGUGUUUUUUCAGAUGCUUUAAUGAUUCUUGUUUGCGGACAAAUUCAUCUACCAAUGAAGGUGAUGAAGCUCCAUUAGCUAUUGAGCAACUAUAAUUAAGCUUCCAUU